AUGCCAUCCAUCGCUGGCCAGUUCAACUACGAGCCAGACGCGCCGAGUGUGCCUGAUGAGUGCUACUGCGAGGACUGCGCCAGGUUUCGCGAGCAGAUUGUAGAUGUCCGCGGUCUAGCGGACUACUACUAUGGCGAAGACGCCGCCAAAUCGCUAUUCGACGCAGGGGUGUGCAUCAAGGAAGCUUGGGCACGAUAUCAGUACCAAAAUCCACAUUUCCUUCUUCAGGAAGAUGGAACCAUCAACCAGAGGAUCAUAGUGCCACAAUCCUAUACUCGCGGGCCCAGGGAGGAUGGCUCAGACGUCCGCGAACAUCGUCAAUGUAGCGACAAGGAAGAUAAUUCCAGUAAUUUCGAGGACGACGAUGAUAAGUUCAUGGUCUGCGAUCACUGUAUGGCCCACGGUCUGCCGUGCAAUGAGGCGUCCGUCUGCCAUCAAUGCCAACACUACAAUCAGCCUUGCGUCCACCGAUGGUGUCACCUGAGCCAGUCAUCAAAGGCCGCCUGCGAGCGAUACAGCUGCCGGUACGUUCACGAGGACAAUAUGAAUACUCGCGCGGGUGACCCUUCGUGGGUUGUGCUUCCUGGAAAGUUGCCCAAAUACCUCGGAUGGGGUCGCAUGCCGCGCGCAUAUUACAGCGAUGACACUGCUGCCGGGAGCGCAUGGCAGUGGUUCCUUGAAGAGAGGCAAAAGAACGCAAGGACAAUGCUGGAAGAGGCGGUGAAUGACGGCUACAUUGGCACACCACCUGCUGCCGGAUCUUUGACAGCGGCGAAGGGGCUCCUGUUCAAAGCCUGGAAUGAAUGGACAGCCAAAGAGGAACAUCAGCUGGAUCUUGUAAGCCCUGACGCGCCCAAGAGACCGAGGAGACAGAAACUUAAGGACCCCGAUAAGCCUGUCUCAGACCUGAAGAGCGGCAAGAGACGCAGAAUUACUGUCGCUCCAAUAUGUAUGCCCCUCGCAAAAACAGAAUUGAUCGCUGAGCCGAUCACGAUCGAGCUAAUGUGUGAUCACUGCUACGCUCACGGUCUGCCCUGCAAUGACGUCCAAGCUUGCGAUCAAUGCCGACUGUUCAAUCAGCCCUGCAUUUAUCGCUGGUGUCCCAACGGCGCAAAAGACAAGAACAAGUGCGACCGUCAAUCGUGUUUUAGCAUCCAUAACGACAGCAUUCAAAGCGACAAUGGUCUCCCGAGAAGGGUCAUCCUCAGUGGUGCCUUGCCACCACCUAUGUGCAGCGGUCUCAUUGCACCACGGCCAUUUGAAAAAGUUGCCUUCAGUAUCGACUGGACCAGGUGGAACUCACAAAUCGAUGCACGACAUACAGAUAUAAUUGAGAACAGCCGUGGCUGGGACGGCAUGAGAGGUCGAAAGGCGACCGAGUACACCUGCUCCUGCAAAAACGAAACGAUACCGUGGAGCAUCCCAGAGUUGACCGGACCGCCUUGUGCUGAGUGCGGCUCGAAGAGCAAUUACUACAGAACUUGCUACAAGUGCGCCGUUCGACACCGGAUCGUUGGAGAUAGCAUCAACUGCUUGGUCUGCUCAGUGCCAGCAAUGUUCCUCAUCUUUACCGACGGCGAGCUUGCGUGA